AUGAGAAAAUUAGGUGUGGAUGAGUGGCUAGUUACGAUGGUAAAGUCUAUGUACAGCAAUGCUAGAAGUUGUGUCAGGAUUAACGAUUCACUUAGUGAUGAAUUUAGUGUAAAUGUUGUAUUUCCAGCUUUAAUGAUGUACAACAGUGGCUCGUUAGAGAUAGUUGAGAACUUCUGUUACUUAGGUGAUAUGUUGGGCAGUGAAGGUGAUGUUGGAAGAAGUGUUACUUGCAGGAUAGGCUCUGCUUGGAAAACGUUCAGAGAGUUACUUCCUUUGUUGACUAGCAGAGUCCUGUCAAUUGAGGUAAAGAGUAGGUUGUAUGAGGCCUGUGUAAGAAGUGUUAUGUUGUACGGUAGUGAGACAUGGGCAGUGAAGCAGGAAGAUCUUGACCGUUUAGAAAGGAAUGAUAUGAGAAUGGUUAGGUGGAUGUAUAACGCCAGUCUGAGAGACAGAAAGAGUUCAGAUGAGCUAAGAAGCAGACUAAGUCUCCGUAGAAUUAAAGAUGUUAUCCAGAUAAGAAGAUUGAAUUGGCUGGGACACUUGGAAAGAAUGGAGGAGGAUAAUUGGGUAAGAAAGUGUAGAGACUUUAUAGUUCCAGGGGCAAAGCCCAGAGGCAGACCUACAAAGAUUUGGCAGGAGGUUAUAAGGACAGACUUGAUACAGAAGAAGUUGAGUUUAGAUCUAACACAGUCUAGAUCAAAUUGGAAGAGGGUCAUUAAUAUACCCCGUCCAACCCAUGCUAGCAUGGAAAACGGACGUUAAGCGAAGAAUGAUAAUAAAUGAUGAUU